AUGAAUUCAAUUGACAAAUGUGAUGAUGGAGGUGUUGGACUUAUCCUAACUAAACUUCUAGGUGGUGGAGGUUUCAAACCUACCACUUUUAUCCUUGACGGUGUGGGUAGAGGUGAGGAUGAUGGUGAUGCUAGAGGUGGAGGAGAAGAUGGUUGUGGUGGUAUAGUUAGAGGUGAAGAUGGUGGUGGUGGUACAAGUGAAGGUAAAGAUAGUGAUGGUGGUGGUGGUAAAGGUGGAGGUAAAGAUGGUGAUGGUGGUGGAGGUAAAGAUUGUGGUGGUGGUGGUAGUAGAAAUGGAGGUAAAGAUGAUGAUGGUGGUGGAGAUGAAGAGGAAGAUGAACAUGAUGAACUUUUCAUAAUUUUCCUCCGUUUUUUUAUAUUUGGCACCUCGAUUUCUCCUUUUGGCAUUUCUUCUCUUUGUCUACAUAUUAAAACACUUUAA